GCGGGCAUCGAGUCAACUGGCAAGACUGCGGGCACCGAGUCGUCUGGCAAGACUGCGGGCAUCGAGUCGUCUGGCAAGACUGCAGACACCGAGUCGUCUGGCAAGACUGCGGGCACCGAGUCGUCUGGCAAGACUGCGGGCACCGAGUCGUCUGGCAAGACUGCGGGCACAGAGUCGUCUGGCGGAACAGCGGGCACCGAGUCGUCUGGCAAGACAGUGGGCUCCGAGUCAACAGGCACGACAGUGGGCACCGGGUCAUCAGGUAUCGGAUUGUCUGGCUCGACAGCGGGCAUCAGGUCACCAGGCAUCAGGUCAUUUGGCUUGCCAGCAGGCACCGCGUCAUCUGGCAAGGCAGUGGGCACCGGGUCACCAGGUAUGACAGCGGGCUCUAAGUCAAUUGGCACGACAGCGGGCACUGGAUCAGGUACCGGAUCAUCUGGAUCAACAGCGGGCAUCGAGUCAACUGGC